AACUGCUGUCAAAUUGCACAUACUGACCCCGCAUUUUGCAGGAAGAUUUUUACAAUAAACUCAAACUUUUAUUGUUUUAUAUAUUUUAAUUACUGUGAAUGUAAAUUUAAGUUCAUAUAUUUUAUUAAAAAAACUAGAAGCUAUUUACUCAAUAUGACGAGAGCAAGUAUCGAAUUGGGCGACGUAACCCCACACAAUAUUAAACAACUAAAAAAACUUAAUACGGUAGUCUUCCCGGUAUCAUACAAUGACAAAUUUUAUGUUGAUGUAUUAGAAGCAGGAGAACUUGCAAAGCUAGCAUAUUAUAACGAUAUAGUUGUGGGUGCAGUUUGUUGCCGCAUAGAUACCUCGGAAAAUCAACGCCGUUUAUAUAUAAUGACGCUUGGCUGUUUGUCACCUUACAGAAGAUUAGGCAUUGGCACUGUUAUGUUCCAACAUAUAUUAAAUUUCGUAGAAACUGAUGGAAAUUUUGAUAGCAUAUUUCUGCACGUUCAAAUAAACAACGAUGGGGCGAUAUCUUUUUAUAAAAAAUUUGGUUUUGAAAUUGUUGAAACUAAAGAACAUUAUUAUAAGCGAAUAGAACCGGCAGAUGCACAUGUCUUACAAAAAUCUCUACGUAAAAAUCCUAACAACAGUGUUCAUACAAAUGGCCAUCUGGACAAAAAAGAAAAGAAGGCUUGAAAGGUUAACUACAUUAAUUAUUAAUACAUACAUAAUUUUCUACACAACAUAACAACUGUAAACAUUGUGUCAUUUUAAAUUUUUAUUUUUUAAACCCUUAAAAUUGCAUAAAUAAAUACAAUGAAAUUGUUAA